AAGUCUUCUCUCAAUUUCCUUUCGAACAUUGUUUGCCUGGGGAAACCGGGAGCGCGCCCAGACGUGCAGGAGCAUAAAAACCGCAAACUUCUCCUUCUCUUGCAUCUCUUCAUUCACUCUCAUCUCGCAUCGAUUGCACCACCAAGACCCUUUCGGACCACAACCAACCACUACUCACGGAAUAGAGACCACUGCCCGUGAAAAUGGCGGGCUCAAGUUCAUCCAACUCCAGUGGAGGGCUCGGAAGCCGGGCCCUGCUGGACAAGAUGGACAAGCUGCGAGAGCUUGGUAUCCAAGAGAUGGUGCCACUCCCACAGAUGGUCGUCGUCGGUGAUCAGAGUGCUGGAAAGUCAAGUGUCUUGGAUUCACUGACUGGCUUCCACUUCCCUCGCAACGUCACCCUUUGCACGCGACACGCCACGGAGAUAAUCUGUCGCCGCGAAGAGACCGAAAGCAUUGUUGUGUCCAUCCAGGCCGUCGACGCCGAUGAGGAAAAAGCGAAGAAUUUCAGGCGACAAGCAACCAACCUGGACGCCCCCGAGUUUGCGAAGAUCUUCAGCGACGCAGCCGAAGUCAUGGGGAUCAAGUCCGACACUGGAGGAACCGGUUCUGCUUUCAGCCGAGAUAUCCUUCGUGUUGAGAUCAGUGGCCCAAACAUGGACCACCUCACCGUCAUCGACGUGCCGGGAAUGUUCGAGAAUGUGACCCCAGGCCUGACGACGGCAGAUGACAUUGAUCUUGUCAAGGACAUGGUGAAGAGAUACAUUCGUGAAUCUCGGACCAUAAUCCUCGCCGUUGUCCCCUGCAACGGAGACAUUGCGAAUCAAAAGAUUCUGACUCUCGCAAAGGAGGCGGAUCCCGAGGGCAAGCGAACUUUGGGUGUUCUUACUAAGCCUGAUCUCGCGGUUGAGAAGGCCACCAAGCAAGUUGUCGUCGACCUGGUUCUCGGAGGACGUCGUGAUCUUCAUCUCGGCUACUGCGUCGUCAAGAACCGUGGCGCAGACGACUCCUCAUCCAGCUCUCAGGAGCGCGACCAGAAGGAAAAGGCUUUUUUCGCCAAGUCACCGUGGACGAAGCUCCCUGCUGACAAGGUCGGGAUCCCUGCUCUCAAGAGCCGCAUCCAGCAACUGCUCAUGGAUCGUACUCGGAGCGAGUUCCCCAAGGUUCGCGCCGAGCUCUCGAGCAGCCUGAAGAACAAGGAGGAGGAUCUCGAAGGCAUGGGGCAGUCGCGCAGUACCACUGACCAACAACGCUUGUUCAUUGGCAAGGUGGCCAGCAGAUUUGCGCGUAUCAAGGACCAAGGCCUUGAUGCCUACUACAACAGGGACAAGAUUUUUACCGACAACCCUGAUCUGAAACUCAUUACUCGCAUUCGAGAGAUCAACGAGCGUUUCUCCGCGGUCGUCUAUGAGAAGGGUCACGCCCGAAACUUCACCUCAGCGGAGGAUGAGACCGAGGAGGCCAAGGCAGAAGAAGAUUCGACAAGAUAUCACUCCGACCCUGGUGUCGGCGGAUACUUCGAGCGAGAUGAUCUGUAUGACAACAAGGCAAACUUCAAAAUCCCUCUCAUGGGGGAAGACGAUUUGGAUGGACUUCUCGCCGAGCCAUAUGGCUGCCCUCUUCCCUCGGAGGAGGACAUUCUCAAGCACAUUGAGCAUGAGUACAUGACCUCCCGUGGUGAUGAACUUGGCACUUUCAGCGGCGAGAUGCUUCCCACGACUUUCAAAGAGCAAUCAAAGAAGUGGUCUCCCAUGGCUCGCGCUCACGUAUCCAACGCCAUCCUGAUUGUCCACCACUUCAUCCGCACCGUCCUGGAAAAGUGCUGCCCAGACCCAGAUGUCCGCGCCGAGCUCUGGACGUUCCUCCUCGAAGACCUUCAGAAGAGAUACCAGCGCGCCGUCGAUCAUGCCGAGUUCCUUCUCGACGUCGAGUUUCAGGGGACCUCCAUGACGUACAACCCUGCCUUUUGGGAGCAGCGCGAUUGGACUAAGCAAACUCGCAACGAAAAGCUGAGAGAGCAGGUCGAUCAAGAACGCAACCAAGAGGAUAAUUUCUUCGACGGGGUGAAGGCUAUCCUGGAGGUAGCCAUGGGCAGCGGCGAUCCUGUGAAGGCGACACGGCAGGACAUCCAUGACGUUCUCUACUCGUACUACGACAUCGCCCGUAGCCGCUUCGUAGAUGUGCUUUGCCAGCAGGUCAUCCACCAUUACCUGCUGCACGCAUCCGACAGUCCUCUCACCGUCCUCUCCGACACGGUCGUCCUGAAGAUGUCGGAUGACCAGCUGGACACUAUUGCCGGCGAGGACAUGAUCUCGCGCGAGCGCCGCAAGAAGCUCACAAUGGACAUUGAGAACCUGCGACAGGCGCUGAAGAUUCUCCGCGGUUGAGGCGACUGGCCUCUUGCAUUCUUGUUGUCUCUGAAGAGAGAUAUCUUGUUGCCGGCUUGGCUUACCAGCCAAGUAUUACGUGGAGAGUGAUGGCUUGGAUUUUCUUUUGACAAGACACCCUUUGUUAACGGA